UGCUGGCAUGAAACUCCUCCCUGAAUCACAUGUAAGACGGGGGAAAGGUUCAGGAUAUGCCAUUGCAUCAUGAUGGUAAUUAUUUUACUUAAUCAGGACGAGUGGAGCGACCUCUGAAUGGACGUAGCCACUUCCUGCGGAGAGACUGGUUGAGUGCUCAGCUGCACAAUGGUUGACGCGGACUAUGACUAUCUGAUCAAGCUGCUGGCACUGGGGGACUCCGGGGUGGGAAAGACCACCUUCCUCUACAGGUACACCGACAACAAGUUCAACCGCAAGUUCACAACCACAGUGGGCAUUGACUUCAGGGAAAAGAGAGUGAUGUACACAGGGACAGGUGCCGAUGGGAUGACUGAGAGGAACUUCAAAGUCCACCUUCAGCUUUGGGACACAGCGGGACAAGAGAGGUUCCGCAGCCUCACCACAGCUUUCUUCAGAGACGCCAUGGGCUUCCUGCUGAUGUUCGACUUGACCAAUCAGCAAAGUUUCCUCAACGUCAGGAACUGGAUGAGUCAGCUACAGGCCAACGCGUACUGUGAUAGUCCAGACAUUGUGUUGGUGGGCACCAAGGCUGACCUCCGAGAUGUGAGGGAUGUUCACUCCAGACAGGCUAGAGAUCUGGCAGACAGAUAUGGCAUCCCCUACUUUGAGACAAGUGCAGUGACGGGGGUUGAUGUGAACCAGGCAGUCACUGCCCUGCUCGACUUGGUGAUGAAGAGAAUGGAGCAGAGCACUUACGGCCACAGCUCUGAACCCAACGGCAGCCCCGUCGCCAGUCAUGAAGUGGAGGAGGCCCCUGUCAGGAGGAGGUGUGCCUGCUGAUGUUGCCACCAGCAGCCACUCUUUUCACGUUUGCCCCAGUUUACACUGCAUUUUUAAAAUGAUACAGUUUUCUCGAGCUUGACUGGGGUGUCUGCUAGAUGAGGCAGAAGAUCACUUGAGAUUGUAAAAUCAACAAAAAUAUAAUCCAUACUUGAGAGGACUAGUACUUAGGAAAAUUGGCCCAUUUCACUUAAAGCAAUAUUAUUAGAGUGUGAAUUCCUCUCUUAGUAUUUGCUCUCUGUCAUGUUAUUUAUUCACAGCCUGUGUGUUGUUAAGUGAGUAAAAGAGGGGAGAGGGUCAGUGCCUUUAAACAUUCAAUAUAGACCAAAUGGUUGAGAUACAGCAAAAACAAAAUGUAAAUAAUCAUCUUCAAAUGGGUCAUAUCAGAGAAAAAUACUGUUUUUAUUUGACACAUUUAGGCAUUGAUGGAAGGAAUAUGCAGGCACAUAACGUAUAUUUAUCAUGACGUAUAAUCAAAAAACAUUUAAGACAUUUCUUAUAUGGACGAUCAUUUUUGUUAGAACAACCAAGAUAGCAAAGUCCCUUACAUGAUUUAUGACUUUUUUACGACAUGUACAUAAGCAGCCAAGCUUUUUUAUGCAUUAUGGAACAAAGUUGCCAUGCAGAUCAAACACAAGUACAAGAAUGUUAAAGGGUUGUCGGAACAAAUCCUGUAUAGUGCUGCAUAUGGAAUAAAGACAUUAAUGUUAUGUU